GUCUGCUUUAAUCAAAAUAUCUCGCUAAGCGGAAUUUCUACCAGGCGGUCUGCCCCCUUUGUGCCAAAGUAUUCUCUCCUCCACAACAUUAUCUCCAGUAUUCCUCCUCUCGUUAUACUAGAGCAGACGAACCACCAGAUCAUCCCUUGUAUCUGCCUCUAUUAAUUACUCUGCCAAUCCAUCACCAUCAUCAUGUCAGGCCACACAAAUGGACACGCUGCGUCGGCGUCGAAUCCGAAUACCCUCAAGUUCUUUGAGGACUUUGGUAUCUGGAAGGAAGCUCCAAUCUUGACUGGUAGCACCAAGUUCGAGCCUCUGCCAGAUGUGAAGAAUAUUAUGAUCACUGGAGGUGCUGGCUUCAUAUGGAGUGCAUGCUGGCUCGUACGACAUCUUACUCUGACUUACCCCAAUGCGUACAACAUUGUCUCUUUCGACAAGCUCGAUUACUGCUCCUCCCUUAACAACACGCGGGCGCUCAACGACAAGCGCAAUUUCACCUUCUACCAUGGCGACAUCACAAAUCCGUCGGAGGUUAUGGACUGCUUGACCAGACACAACAUUGAUACCAUAUUUCACUUCGCCGCGCAAUCCCACGUCGAUUUAAGUUUCGGUAACUCAUACGCCUUCACACACACAAAUGUGUACGGAACACACGUAUUGCUGGAGAGUGCCAAGAAGCACGGAAUCAAGAAGUUCAUCCAUAUAUCCACCGAUGAGGUUUAUGGAGAGGUCAGAGAUGAUGCGGAUGAUCUGUUGGAAACCAGCAUUCUCGCUCCUACCAACCCAUAUGCCGCAAGCAAGGCUGCCGCCGAAAUGCUUGUUCACUCUUACCAGAAGAGUUUCAAGCUGCCUGUAAUCAUUGUGCGAAGUAACAAUGUUUAUGGUCCUCACCAGUACCCCGAGAAGAUUAUCCCCAAGUUCAGCUUGUUGCUCCACCGCGGGCAACCAGUUGUUCUCCACGGAGAUGGAACUCCCACGAGACGAUACCUCUUUGCUGGCGACGCCGCAGAUGCAUUCGACACGAUUCUCCACAAGGGCCAGAUGGACCAAAUCUAUAACGUGGGCUCAUACGACGAGAUCUCCAAUUUGACUUUGUGCUCAAAACUCCUUACAUACCUGGACAUUCCCCACAGCACCCAAGAGGAGCUUCACAAGUGGGUCAAGCACACAAUUGAUCGUCCUUUCAACGAUCACCGAUAUGCUGUAGAUGGAACCAAGCUGAGACAGCUUGGAUGGGAGCAGAAGACCAGCUUCUCGGCAGGCAUGGCCAUCACGGUUGACUGGUACAAGAGGUUUGGUGAGAAGUGGUGGGGUGAUAUCACCAAAGUUCUUACUCCAUUCCCAACUGUUGCCGGAACCGAUGUCAUUGCCAGCGAAGAGCCAGUUGAGAACAUUAACGAUGAUAUGCUUGUGGACAGUGACGACAAGAUGACCCUGGCAAAGAAGAGGAAGAUCGAUGGUUCCACAGCGCAAGCAGUGCAGGCUUAGGUGUUCACAAAAAAAGACAGUUUGGUUUUGCAUGGACGUUUUGGUCGGGUACAACCACAUUUAAUUUGAGCAUGUG